AGUGCUGAGCGCCGGGUGUGUCGCUUUCCACGGCAGAUGGGACGUUCUCCUCCACCAGCAGCGCCACGGAGCCGUGCCGGCCGUGCUCCUGGUGCCCAGCGCACAUGAUGGUGGCCGAGGCGUGCCCCCCCACCCGCGACACGGUGUGCGCCCCCCACUGCGCCCCUGGCCAUUUCCUGCAUGCGGAGAACGGGAGCAGCAGCCGGUGCCUGCCGUGCCAGGCGUGCGGGCUGGGCUCCGGGGUCGUGGCACUGUGCCGGCCCACCACCAACACCGUCUGCCAGCGCUGCCCGGAGGGCUUUUACUCGGAGGAGAAGAGCGCCGUGGCGCCGUGCCUGCCCUGCCGGCGGGAAUGCAGUGAGGACGAGGUGAUGAUCCGCGGCUGCAGCCCGGGGUCGGACACUCUGUGCAUGGAGAGAGAGCUGCAGAUCCUGAAGCGCACCGAGGGAGACCCCCGCAAGGAUUACCCCAGGAAGCCCUCGCUGGCCGAGCACCCACCCCCCCGCGCCCGCCCCGCCGCUGCCGGACAACAGUGGCCCAGCUGCAAGCAGAAGCAGCAGCUGGCCAAAGCCCGGGCCGGGGAGCUGGGGGCCUCCCCCGAGGGCGAGAAGCUGCACAGCGACAGCGGGGUCUUCCUCGACACGCACAGCCUGCAGGAGCACCACGCGCUCAACAAGGGCUCCCCGGAUGCUGUGGGGGACUCGCGGCUGAGCUAG